AUGUUUAGGAGCCAGGUUUGCAGACGCACAUUUGGUAGAUUGUUAGCUACCAAGCAACCAACAAUUGGUAGAUACACUGGUAAACCAAAUCCAGCUACAGGAAGAUACACGGUGUCGUUUAUCGAAGGUGACGGUGUGGGACCGGAGAUUUCCAAAUCCGUUAAGGAAAUUUUCAGUGCAGCCAAGGUUCCAGUGGAUUGGGAAGUGUGUGAGGUCAAGCCAUUGUUGGUUAAUGGUGUCACUACAAUCCCGGAGCCUGCAGUGAAAUCUAUCAACAAAAACCUAAUUGCGUUGAAGGGUCCGCUAGCCACGCCAAUUGGUAAAGGUCAUAGAUCGAUGAAUUUGACACUAAGAAAGACCUUUGGUCUUUUCGCGAAUGUUCGUCCAGCUAGGAGUGUAGAGGGCUUCAAAACUACUUAUAGCGAUGUUGACUUGGUUCUGAUCAGAGAAAAUACUGAAGGUGAAUAUGCAGGUAUUGAGCAUGUUAUCGUGCCAGGGGUUGUUCAAUCGAUUAAAUUGAUCACCAGGGAGGCCUCUGAGAGAGUCAUCAGAUAUGCUUAUGAAUAUUGUAGAGCUGUUGGUAGACCAAGACUGGUUGUUGUUCAUAAAUCUACCAUUCAGAGACUAGCUGAUGGUUUAUUUGUUACUGUGGCUAAGGAGAUGGCUUCUGAAUUCCCAGAUAUUAAAUUGGAGACCGAACUAAUCGAUAAUACAGUUUUGAAUGUUGUUUCAAACCCAGGUCAAUAUACUGAUGCUGUCUCAGUGUGUCCAAACUUAUACGGUGAUAUCUUAUCUGAUUUGAACUCUGGUCUGAGCGCAGGUUCUCUAGGUUUGACUCCAUCGGGUAAUAUUGGUCACAAAGUUUCUAUUUUUGAGGCGGUUCAUGGUUCUGCUCCAGAUAUUGCUGGUCAAAAUAAGGCAAACCCAACCGCUUUAUUAUUAUCUUCAGUUAUGAUGUUGAACCACAUGGGUUUAAAUGAAUACGCUGAUAGAAUUGAAAAAGCCGUUUUGUCUACUAUUGCCGCAGGUCCAGAAACUAGAACCGGUGAUUUAGCUGGUAGUGCAUCAACUUCCUCAUUCACGGCAGCUGUCAUUGGAAAACUAUGA